AUGCGCCACGCACCAUACGAUGUAAUAGUAAUCGGCGGCGGCCAUGCAGGAUGCGAAGCGUCGGCCGCAGCAGCCCGCUCCGGUGCACGAACAGCCCUCAUAACGCCUUCGGUCCAUAAUCUCGGCGUCUGCUCAUGCAAUCCCUCCUUCGGUGGUAUCGGCAAAGGUACUAUGAUUCGCGAAAUUGAUUCCUUGGAUGGUGUUGUGGGACGUAUCGUGGAUAAAGCGGGGGUCCAAUUCAGGGUGCUGAACAGGAAGAAGGGUCCUGCCGUUUGGGGUCCACGAGCACAGAUCGACCGUGCGCUAUACAAGGAAUAUAUGAAGAAUGAAAUAUUGGGAUACAAGGGAUUGAGUGUCGUAGAAGGGAGUGUUGCAGACAUCAUUGUCGAUAGGUCGCAAGAGGAGGGGUCGAAGGGACAAUAUGGAAGAAUCACUGGAGUCAGGCUGGAGAGUGGCGAAAUAAUACAGACGGAGAAUGUCGUCAUCACAACAGGCACGUUUCUGGGCGGCGAAAUACAUAUCGGCCUCGAGGCGUACCCAUCUGGGCGCAUGGGAGAGGCUGCGACGUUUGGCCUGAGCAAGAGUUUGAAGGACGCCGGCUUCACGCUGGGAAGGCUAAAGACAGGUACACCGCCGCGGUUAGAUGCGAAUACGAUUGACUACAAAGUCCUGGAAGCUCAAGAGGGAGAUUACCCGCCUAUGCCAUUUAGCUAUUUGAACGAACGAGUGCAAGUCGAGAAACAGCUACUGAAUCACGAAACCCGGACGAACGAGGCAACGCACGACAUAAUACGACAGAACCUCGACAAGUCGAUACACAUCCGUGAAACUGUAAAGGGUCCACGUUACUGUCCAUCGUUAGAAUCAAAGGUCAUACGUUUCGCGGACAAAACAUCACACAUCAUCUGGCUCGAACCAGAAGGAUUCAACAACAACGUAGUGUAUCCGAAUGGCAUCUCCUGUACUGUCCCCGCCGAUGUCCAAAACACUAUGCUUAAGACAAUAAAAGGCCUCGAGAACGUCAGCAUGCUGCAGCCCGGUUAUGGUGUAGAGUACGACUACGUCGAUCCGCGCCACCUGCGUUCUACGCUCGAGACCAAGAACAUAUCCGGGCUCUUCCUGGCCGGUCAAAUCAACGGCACGACCGGCUACGAAGAAGCAGCAGGCCAGGGAAUCAUCGCCGGAAUCAACGCCGGUCUGCGGAGCUUAGGCAAAGAACCCAUGACCCUCACCCGAGCAGAUGGAUACAUCGGCAUCAUGAUCGACGACCUCAUCACAAAAGGCGUCUCAGAACCUUAUCGAAUGUUCACCUCACGCUCCGAAUACCGCAUGUCAGCUCGCGCCGACAACGCCGACGUACGUCUCACAGCCCUCGGCCGCGCCGCCGGCGUCAUCAGCGACGCGCGCUGGAAAGCCUUCUCCGAAGAAGCCGAGCAAAUGGCAGCCCUGACAAAGGCCCUCCAGGACAAAAAAAUGGGCUGGACAGAUUGGAAUAAACAUGGCUUCAAAGUACGAAACGAUAGCACCAAGCGCUCUGCCUACGACCUCCUCCGCCUCCCCAACACGACACCCCAAUCCCUCCUCCCCCUCAUCGCGGAAAUAUCAUCGUUCCCCCAACACAUCCAGGACCGCGUCCACAUCAACGCUACAUAUGCGCCUUACGUCGAAUACCAGGCCGUCUCACAAGCCCGUUGGCUCAAAGAUGAGAAUCUCAAACUGCCGGAUGAUUUGGACUACGAGUCCAUCUUCGGGCUAAGCUUUGAGGAGAAACGCGCGCUGGAGGUCGCGAGACCCGAGAGCGUGGGUAUGGCGAGGAGGGUCGAGGGUGUGACGCCAACGGGGGCGUUGAGGCUGCUGCAGUAUGUGAGGGGUGCAGGGAAGGAGGAGAAGAUGGCGAAGGCGAGGGAGGAGAUUGAGGCGAGGAAGGCGUUUUAUAAGGGUGCUACAUCGGAUUUGGGGGUAGAAGGAUUGUGA